AGAUCACCUGAGGUGGGCAGAUCACCUGAGGUCGGGAUUUCGAGACCACCCUGACCAACAUGGAGAAACCCUGUCUCUACUAAAAAUACAAGGAAGUUAGCCGGGCGUAGUGGUGCAUGCCUGUAAUCCCAGCUACUUGGGAGGCUGAGGCAGGAGAAUUGCUUGUUUGUGGUGAGCCGAGAUCACGCCAUUGCACUCCAGCCCGGGCAACAAGAGCGAAACUCCAUCUCCCAAAAAAAAAGAUUAAAGAGAAAAAGAAGCAAGCCAGUAAUCUAAGAUCAAUUUAUGAUUUUUCCUCUAAAUUCAACACAGUUUACUUAAUCUGAAAACCAGGGUUUAAUAACAGUAUGAUUAGAAUGUUUCAUUUAUAAAGUGGAGUUGAGAUUGUACGUAGUAUAAAAAAUGCCGUUGGAAGAUUAUCUCCUUUUGAGGAAUCUCAAAAUCAAGUGGGAGAAAUCAAGUAGUCUUGGUGUGUGUGUGUUUUGUUUGUUUUAAUGAGAGACAGGGUCUUACCACAUUGCCCAGGCUGGGUUCAAACUCCUAGGCUCAAGCAACUCUCCUGCCUCAGCCUCCCAAAGUGCUGGGAUUACAAAUGUGAGCCACCACACCAGCCUCAAGUAGCUUUCGAGAUGACGCCACAGCACUCCAGCCUGGCAACAGAGUGAGACCCCAUCUCAAAAAAAAAAAAAAUUCAAUUUAACAUACCAAGCUUUUGGUCAAAUUUCUAGUAGUUUAGAAUUUAUAAAAAGUAUGGGUAAUUAAAAUAAACCAUUAACACUUUAAGGGAACAUUCAUGAGUAUGCUAUUAGAAAUAAUACCUAGGGCUGGGCGUGAUCCUUCCACAGGUAGUCCUAGCUACUUGGGAGGCUGAGGUAAGAAGAUGACUUGAGCCCAAGAGUUCAAGACUAGUCUGGGCACUAUGGUGGGUCCCCAUCUCUUAAGAAAGAAAGAAUAGGAAUAACUAAAUUAGUAUAAGAACUAAUUACUUAAUUUGUAUAAGUUAUUAAUAUGCCAAAUGCAAUUUAGAUGCUUUUUUAAAAGAGCACUGGUACUCAGAACCCUGAUUCAAUUUUUUAAUCCUCAUAGAAUUUUUAUAUAAAGAUUUUAUGUUUGUCAGGUUAGCUCUUCAUGUUGUAUACUUUUUUUCCAACCUUGUAUUUUAAUGUGGUGUUUAAGGUAUGUUUAUUACACAUUUUUUCUUUGUCUUUUUUUUUUUAGCGUGUGGAUUUGUAGUUUAAUGAAUAAUAGCUGCUAUUAGCAUUCGUUCUAAAAAACAGCAUAAUAAAGUGUUCCCUACUUGUAUUCAUUAACCUAUCUUUGAAACAGGGUUAAGUGAAUUUUGUAUAAUAAGCUAAUUUUGAGAUACAAAAUAUUUGGCAUAAAAUUAAAUACUGUAGGAAUAUUUUUAUUAAGUUGUGACGUACAUGUGUAUGUGAGUUUUUGUUGUUUGUUUGUUUGAGAUGGAGUCUCUGUUGCCCAGGCUGGAAUGCAGUGGGGCGCCAUCUUGGCUCACUGCAACCUCCACCUCCUGGGUUCAGGCGAUUCCUGCCUCAGUCUCCCUACUAUUUAGGGGGCUGAGGCAGGAGAAUUGCUUGAACCCUGGAGGCAGAGGUUGCAGUGAGCUGAGAUCGCGCCACUGCACUCCAUCCUGGGCGACAGAGCGAGACUGUGUCUCAAAAAAAAAAAAAAUAAAAUAUAUAAUAUGUCUAAAAAACUAUUGGGCAGUAGGAAAUUAUGGCUGUGGUGGGUACUACCUUACUUUAACAACAUAAUGCUAUAAAAGGAAAGACUUAAACUGGUAUUACCCUUUUAUAGCCCCUUAGCAACAUGCCUAGGAUACUAUUUGAGGUCAUUAUAUUUCUCUUGACCCUUUAUGGCGACAUCAAAUGAUUUGAAUGGCUGAUCAGCUUUUUUACGAGGGAAUUUGUAAAAACUACCCAAUAACUAUAAUAAUGGAAGAUGUUAACAAAGGAGGAUCUGGGUACAGAGUGUAUAGGAACUCUGUAAUAUCUUUGCCACUUUUUUGUAAAUCUAAAACUAUUUUAAAAUUGUUUAUUUAAAUUCUAAUUAUUCGAGAGUAAUUUAGUUCACUAAUAAAUUGAUUUGAAAGAGUCAGUAUUUUUUAUUCCUACUUUCACUGGAAGAAAAUCAAUUGAACUUGUUUUCCGCAAAUUUUUUUUUAGGAUUCAAGAUGACCAACGAAGAACCUCUUCCCAAGAAGGUUCGAUUGAGUGAAACAGACUUCAAAGUUAUGGCAAGAGAUGAGUUAAUUCUAAGAUGGAAACAAUAUGAAGCAUAUGUACAAGCUUUGGAGGGCAAGUACACAGAUCUUAACUCUAAUGAUGUAACUGGCCUAAGAGAGUCUGAAGAAAAACUAAAGCAACAACAGCAGGAGUCUGCACGCAGAGAAAACAUCCUUGUAAUGCGACUAGCAACCAAGGAACAAGAGAUGCAAGAGUGUACUACUCAAAUCCAGUACCUCAAGCAAGUCCAGCAGCCGAGCGUUGCUCAACUGAGAUCAACAAUGGUAGACCCAGCGAUCAACUUGUUUUUCCUAAAAAUGAAAGGUGAACUGGAACAGACUAAAGACAAACUGGAACAAGCCCAAAAUGAACUGAGUGCCUGGAAGUUUACGCCUGAUAGCCAAACAGGGAAAAAGUUAAUGGCGAAGUGUCGAAUGCUUAUCCAGGAGAAUCAAGAGCUUGGAAGGCAGCUGUCCCAGGGACGUAUUGCACAACUUGAAGCAGAGUUGGCUUUACAGAAGAAAUAUAGUGAGGAGCUUAAAAGCAGUCAGGAUGAACUGAAUGACUUCAUCAUCCAGCUUGAUGAAGAAGUAGAGGGUAUGCAGAGUACCAUUCUAGUUCUGCAGCAGCAGCUGAAGGAGACACGCCAGCAGUUGGCUCAGUACCAGCAGCAGCAGUCUCAGGCCUCUGCCCCAAGUACCAGCAGGACUACAGCUUCUGAACCUGUAGAACAGUCAGAGGCCACAAGUAAAGACUGCAGUCGUCUGACAAACGGACCAAGUAAUGGUAGCUCCUCCCGCCAGAGGACGUCUGGGUCUGGAUUUCACAGGGAGGGCAACACAACCGAAGAUGACUUUCCUUCUUCUCCAGGGAAUGGUAAUAAGUCCUCCAACAGCUCAGAGGAGAGAACUGGCAGAGGAGGUAGUGGUUACGUAAAUCAACUCAGUGCGGGGUAUGAAAGUGUAGACUCUCCCACGGGCAGUGAAAACUCUCUCACACACCAAUCAAAUGACACAGACUCCAAUCAUGACCCUCAAGAGGAGAAAGCAGUGAGUGGGAAAGGUAACCGAACUGUGGGUUCCCGCCACGUUCAGAAUGGCUUGGACUCAAGUGUAAAUGUACAGGGUUCAGUUUUGUAAUAUUUUUUCAGCAAAUUUUUAUACAGUGUCAUUUAAUUUGGGAGAGGAUACUGUCCAGAAAAUUAAUGCAUACUUUUGUCACAAUUUGCCUUUUUGUGGGUGUACAUUUUGUUUUUUUUGUUGUUUUUUUCUCUUUUUUUUUUCUUUUUUUUUCUUUUUUUUGCUUCAAUACCUCUGCCACUUUGGAAAUUGUAACAGUUAAUUACUUUGAAUGUUGCUAAAAGGACAUUUUGUGUAGGGUCAAGUUAUUUUUAUAUGAGUUAAUGUGAAAUUGUAAAUGGAAAUUUUUCCUUAAAAUAUAACACAAUGACGUCUAUAUAAAUCUAUGUCUGUUUAGAAUCUGUGCUGUGUAAGGGCAUUCGUACUCAUGCUGUUACUGUACUUAUGCACCAUUCAGACUUGUUAGAGUAGAUGUGGGUUUAUGACUGCCAAGUUUGCCCAGUACAGUAGUUUUUUAUCACUAAAAGUUGGACUCAUUGAUGGAGUCCUGUAGUAGUUUCAGUGUUAGAUACAGUUUUUUCCACCAUACAUCUGUGCAUUUUCUCUUUAGGUGACUGUUUAAGAAAUUUGUGUGCAUAGUUACUCAGUUUUUAUGAACUGUUGUAUCCUGUUAAUGCAUAUUGCUCUGUGACUCCAGUAUAUCUUACCUGUACUGACCAAACCUAAAUAAAGAUUUUUAUUGUAACUCCUUAA